AUGCCUUGCUGCGGCGAUCGAGAGAAGGGCGGCCCAGUGGCCUUGGAGGAGCAAUGGGAUUAUAUUAACCUCAACGACUUCAAAUCGGAGUCCUGUCUGUCGCCAUUUUCUUACUUCUUUCUGUUCGUUUUCCUGCUUGUUUCGCUCGCUGUUUACGCAGUCGACACCUUUACCGCUGUGACCCUUCUGGCGUUUUCCCGCUGGGCAGGGCAGAUCGAACCAGCGAUUCCUUUCGAGUAUUCUCGGUGGAUUUUCGCCGCUUGUAUUCUCCUCUCCUUUGCUCUUUUGGCCUGGAGAUGGCUUCGUGCUAUCCGUGCGAUACGUUCUGGGAGCGUUGCGCAGAGCUAUCUUGAUUCGCUCGCUGCCCGAGUCCAAAGUAUUCGCAUGGGGGAGAAUGGUCGCGGCUGGAGGAGGUUCUUGGUCUUUGGAGAGCUCACCAAGAGUAAGAAGGGAGCUGAAUAUGCCGCUUUAUUUGCAUAUUUCUCCUUUGAAAGCUGGAUGAAUACUGUCCUCGCCGAUGGGCCGCGCCAGGUUGUUAACGCUAUAACUCUCUAUUCAGUGACGAAGAUGGAUUUGCUUCCUGGUGGUGAGAAUGCAGUUGAAGAAGACAAGCCAGCAAUUUUACAAUUUUUCGACAACGUUAAAAUCCUCGCCGAUGAGAAUAACCUGCGCGCCCUCGUUUUGGCCGGUAUGGUCUUUACAGUGGUUAUUUGGGUGUUGUCCAUGAUCAAGUUAAUAAUUGCGAUCAUUCUCUACCUGCUUUUCCUUUUUCACCACAUACCCGCGCAGGAUGGAACGCUGAAAGCGUACUGCCAUAGAAAGAUCAACACCAGACUCAAGCGCAUUGUGCGGACGAAAGUGAACAAGGCUCUGUCAAAGGGUGUUGCGCUGCAAGACCGUACUCCAACGAACCCGAACAUGCGGACCGAUCGAAAACCUACGUUACCUGUAUUUGGAGACGACGACAAGACACCUAUUGUCUCAGCUCUUUCACGUACGACGACUGAAGCGACCAUGACCACCCUCCCCGCAUACACGUCGCGCCCUGGAACGGCAGCCCCUCGGGAGCGUGAACCAACUCUCCCCGAUGUGGCUAUCUUUCCUGAAAAGCCCUCGCUUAGCCGUACGGUCACAGAAUCUUCUGCCUAUUCUGACCCUACCUCAGCUCCUGCGGUCUCUGCAUAUAGCCCGCUAGACCGCGGAGGUUCUCCAGCCCCUCCAAUGCCUCCUCUUCCCGAUACCGCUUCUUUUGCUACGGCGCGAAAUCAUACACCGGUAUCACGGUCCAAUUUCACCCCCGGCCCUUACAGUACCCGCGGGCCUCCCAGCCGUAUGGGCUCUGCAGGUGGCACACGAGAUCCAACAGAAAGACGGGAUCCAUACAGCCCUGAGGGCUAUGAUAAUCCAUCGUCCGGCAGCCCAUUCCGCGCUUAUGGUACUCCUGUUGAUCCCCACUCACGCACACUAACGCCAAUUGCUUCCGUGGCAUCUGGCGAUGCAGGUUCUAUGCGAAGUUACACUCCUAACGCAUACAAUUCUCGUCCAACCCCACCCCCCGCCAACCCUCCACGGUCUUUUACUCCGGGAAGUGAGGCGAUGAACCGGGGUUCGCCAGUAUAUCCCAAUAAUGAACAACCCGUUAGAACUUUCUCUCCAGUGAGCUCACGGGCACCUUCGCGGGCUCAAGGGGGAUAUACACCCUACAAUGCUUCGGCAAGAAAUCUUUUUUUGGUCUCUCCAACUGACGUCUCGGUCGCGAUGCCCGAUGUAAAUGGACUCAAUAGCCCCGAUAAAUGGCCGCGCGACUCCGAUCGAGCCACAUCCAGGUUAGAACCUGGUGCCUCUCCCCAAACAGAGCCGUCUCACCCCAAGUACGAGCGCAGAAACUCAAAUACCGAGACGAGGAAUAUGCAGAAUGGAAAUCGAACCAGGGCUGGUAGUGGUCGUGGUCGGCGAGGAUCUGGUGAGGAUUUGAAAGGUGGCCACUUUCCAGGGUCGCCCGAUAAGACAUUCGGUUUUAUGUUUGAGCACUCCCAAGAGGGGGCGGCUUCUGGGUCUGAUUCAGAGCCUCGCAUGCUACAUCGUACUUCUUUGGUGGAUGUUCUUGAGAAUGCUGAAGCUACUGCUGAACUCAACCGAUGGGUUCGAGAUCGGUCACCUUCCAAAGACAAAGACCGCGACCGCGUCCUCAAGCUCUCGCCAGACAAGAUACAGGAACUCACGUCGUCUCCUCAAUCGAUCCCUUACCGUGCAGCUCGCUCGGACCAGGAUCAAGAGCAGAGCCGAAGAGUGGUAUCCGAUAGCCCAGCCUCAUUGCUCCCGCCGAUUGAGUCGGACAUCCCGGUCUUCCGCCCGAGUGAGCCAAAAUCCGCCGCGGCUAUGGAAGAGAACUCUGCAACACAGUCCGUUAGGGACGGAUCGAAUAAAUUUGAGGGACUGCAUGGUUUAGGCCUAACAUCGCCUUCCAGUCGGAACCGUCCGCAUAUAAGCCGUGCUGUAUCGACCCCCCAGUCUGCACGCAAGCAGACCUUGCCAGGGAACAAUACUGAACGAAUCGCACAGACGUGGGCAUCUCGGGCUAGACAGGACCGCCCUUCAGUUGGCCGUGAAGCUGAGCCUAAGAGCCUCAAAAGCCCCCCUCCGCCGCUCGAGCCAGCUUUGCCAUCUCCCCUACCUCAAAACAUUCCUCUACCUCCAGUCUCCAUCCCCACCUAUUUACAGCUGGAGCUUGCUUCCGGAAGCCCAUCUCCACUGUAUAUCCAUCGAACUGCCAUGAGCGACUUCCCAUACGAAUCGGCGCGUGUUAAGCUGGAGCGACUGAUGAACUUUCUGGUGCUACCUCCAGCUUUAGAGCAGGUGCUAUGGUUUGGCAUCCUGGCAUGUCUGGAUGCGUGGUUGCAUUCUUUCACAAUCCUCCCUCUUCGUUUUAUCAAGGCGGUUUAUAUUCUGCUGGGGUCGUGGGCCCUGAACUUGGCAGCCGAGGCUCAGUUUUUGGGCGAUUUCGUCAGAAAGGGUGUUGGACGAGUUUGGCGGCGACGAAACCGGGGGCCGUCCGUAUCGUCAACGACAGAAACACCUCCACUUGAUCGUAACAACAAGCCCUCUAAACCAGCAGAACCGCGCCGGCGCUACCGUGCAGAUACCCACCGACACCGAAGGCAGAGGUCAAUGCCGUCGGCCCUGCUCCCAGAUGACAAGGCUGACAUCCUGAAGGGGCUGUUGAUGGUUACUACCUGCACAAUCCUCAUGUAUUUUGAUGCUAGCCGUAUGUAUCAUUGGAUUCGCGGUCAAGCAGCCAUCAAGUUAUAUGUGAUCUACAAUGUUUUAGAAGUCAGCGACCGUCUUUUUGCCGCCAUUGGGCAAGAUGUUCUUGAGUGCCUAUUCUCUCGUGAGGCGCUCGAACGUCGGCCAGAUGGUCGAAGUAAGAUAUUUCGGCCGCUUGGACUGUUUCUGCUGGCACUGGCUUAUACAGUUAUCCAUUCCACCGCUCUUUUCUACCAAGUCAUGACGCUGAAUGUGGCUGUCAACUCUUACUCUAAUGCUUUGAUCACUCUGCUACUCUCAAACCAGUUUGUGGAGAUCAAGUCUUCGGUGUUUAAGAAGUUUGAGAAGGAGAAUCUGUUCCAGCUCACUUGCGCGGACGUGGUUGAGCGGUUCCAGCUUUGGCUCAUGCUUACCAUCAUUGCCUCGCGGAAUAUGGUUGAAACCGGUGCAUUCCAGUUCGGGGGCAGCCUGCUCAGCACAAGUGCAACUGGCGCGGCCCCGGUAACAAAUAGCACCCCUCUGUCGACUCCUCCAAGGUCGUCGACCUCAAUCCUUCCCCAAGCCUUUACACUUGUUCCAUCUUCUGUAAUGGCCUCCAUCAGUCACGUUAAUUCGUUUCUGCCUGCGCUGGCCCAGGUUCUUGGUCCUUUCCUGGUGGUUCUCGGCUCGGAAAUGUUUGUCGACUGGCUGAAGCAUGCAUACAUCAACAAAUUCAACAACACACGACCAAAUAUCUACGGUCGAUUUUUGGAUAUUCUCGCCAAAGACUAUUAUACCAACGCCUUUGGUGACCAAAAUUUGACCCGCCGCCUCGGGCUACCGAUAAUACCUCUUUCGUGCCUGUUCUUCCGUGUCUCAGUACAAACGUACCAGAUGUUCUUGGCUGCACUGCUGCCGCAGUCUCCACCGUUAUCACCUUCAUCCUCCAUUGCCGUAGAGACCACGUCUUUGGCAACAAUUCAUAGUCAGUACGUACCGGCAGGCCCGGUACCCUCACCGCCACCAAUCACACUAGGAAAUAUUUUGCCCGCAACAGCAGCCCAUGCAUCGGUAUGGUUUCGUCGAGCCCUUGCGAACGCAAUGCCGUCACCCGCUCAUUCUGUCUAUAUCUUUACGGUUGUAUUGGUGCUGACUGGAUUUGUCCUUCUGCUGAUACUGAAACUUCUCCUGGGCAUGCUGCUUCUUACAUACUCACGAUCCCGCUACAAGUCGAUGAAACAACGAGAGGCGGAACACUCGGCGCCGGCAUCUUCCUCUACCACACCUAGCAUGCCGGAAGGAAACGGUGCACCACGUGCGCGCGGCUACGACGUAGAGGGAGCCCGACGCUUUGGCGGCUGGGGAACCGUAGAACUUAACGAAGAUCACCGGCGAUGGAUUUACGUUGACGAUCCAGACAGCCUACGCAAGUUGAAGGAGAAGGAAAGUCAGAAGGGGAAGAGCUCACGUGGGGAUGAGUUGCAUCUGGACCAUGUCCAGCGAUACGAGAUGGCCGCAAAGCGGAUAUGGUAA